AUGGAUAUCAUUAUCAACUCCUUGUAUUCCAACAAGGACGUGUUUCUUCGAGAGUUGGUGUCCAAUGCCGCAGAUGCUUGCGACAAGAAACGUUUCCUGGCACUGACGGAGAGCGACGCGCCCCCUGAGCCGAUGAAGCUGCGUAUCAAUACCAACAAGGAUGACAGGCUGCUCCUGAUUGAAGACAACGGAGUUGGCAUGUUGAAGGAGGAGCUCAAGGAGAACCUGGGUCGCAUUGCUCGCUCAGGCACCGCCAACUUCGUAAAGGAGCUGGGUAGCGGCGAAGCAGAUGUCAGCCUCAUCGGGCAGUUCGGUGUGGGCUUCUACUCGGCAUUCCUUGUGGCAAACCAGGUGGACGUGUAUUCCAAGAGCUUCAAGAAGGAGAGUGACGGAAAGAUCUGGAAGUGGUCCUCUUCGGGCAGCUCUUACAGCAUCAAGGAAGCUGAGGAGACAGAGCUCUUCGGUGAGCAGAGUGGGACCAAGAUUGUGUUGCACUUGCGCGAAGAGGCACAAGAAUAUCUGGACACUGGCAAGUUGUCGGACCUACUCAAGAAGUACAGCGAGUUCAUCACCUUCCCCAUUGAGCUGUACAAUGAGAAAGUCCAGUACGACCAGGUUCCCGAUGAAUCAGCGCCUCCACCAAAGGAAGGUGAGAAGCAGAAAAUGAAGAGUGUGCCACGUUCCGUGUACGAGUGGGACAUCAUGAACAAGAUGAAGCCCAUUUGGCUGCGCAAUCCGGAUGUGGUCAAUGAGUCGGAAUACACCGAGUUUUACAAGACUACCUUCAAAGCUUUUGACGACCCCAUGACGGUGACCCACUUCAAGGUGGAGGGUCAGAUCGAAUUCCGAGCUUUGGUGUUCAUUCCUUCUACCAUGCCCUUCGAGCUGACCCGCGACAUGUUCUCUCCAGAGGGCCGCGCCAUGCGCCUCUACGUGAAACGUGUUUUCAUUAACGACAAGUUUGAGGACCUGGUUCCCCGAUGGCUUACCUUCGUCCGGGGUGUGGUGGACUCGGAGGACCUCCCGCUGAAUGUGGGCCGAGAGAUUUUGCAGAAGAGCCGUACCCUGAAGAUUAUCCGCAAGCGAGUGGUGCGAAAGGUCCUGGACACCAUCGAUGACUUGCGGGACAAGGAGCCCAACAAGUUCGAAUCCUUCUGGACGAGCUACGGCAAGUACUUCAAGGUUGGUCUCGUGGAAGACCUGGACUACAAGGACGAGUUGAAGCGGUUCGUGCGCUUCUGGUCGUCCAAGAGCGGCGACAACCAGACAAGCCUCGAUGAAUACAUAUCCCGCAUGAAGGAAGGCCAGGACAAGAUCUACUUCGUCACUGGUGAAGGCAGGCGAGCUGCGGAGAUAGCUCCUGCCAUGGAGAAGAUGAGAUUGAAGGAUUACGAAGUGCUCUACAUGGUUGACCCCUUGGAUGAAAUUUGCAGCCAAUCAAUCGUGGACUAUGAUGGAAAGAAGCUCGUGGACAUCAACAAGGCCGGCCUCGACUUGGAGAAGAGCGAAGACGAGAAGAAGGAGAUGGAAGAGACCACCAAGGAGUUUGAAGACUUGGCGACCUGGUUGAAGAAGCAGCUCGGCGAGCGAGUGCAGAAGGUGCAAAUAUCUGAUCGCCUCGUGGAGUCCCCGGCCACACUGGUGCAGGGUGAAUGGGGCAUGUCUCCAAUGAUGCAGCGCUACAUGAAGUCUCAGACCACAUCCAGCGCUUCUGACAGCGCCUUCGCCAUUGGCUCGAGGAAUCAGGCCAUUUUGGAGAUCAACCCUUCGCACAAUGUGGUGAAGGCCCUAAAGAAUGCCUACGAGACCAAGCCUGAUUCCGUCGAAACAGAAGACAUGGUGAUGAUGAUCUACGAGACGGCAGCCUUGAUUGGGGGCUACACCAUCGAAGACCCAGGUGACUUUGCCAGGCGAGUCACGAAGCUCAUGGAGCUGCAGGCAGAGGGAGCAGGUGCUGGCACCCAGGAUGCAGAGGCCGCAGAGGACGGUCUGAGAUCCGGUAUCAAGCAUGCUGUGAAGAACUCGGCGAGCGUCGAAGUGGCGGUGGUAGGAUGCGUUCUGAAAGUGUUCUGCGGCAUCCUUGGGCUCAAGCCGAAAUGGCACCGCUGCGUCCGCCACGGAAAAUGCGAAGAAAAGACUCCGACAUUCAAGCAGAAGUCGGUGAGGGGUCCUGCUGACUGGAUGGACUUCUUCGAUGUCUUGCGCAAAGGCUGUACGUUCGGCGGCACGAAGAAGUCGAAGGAGGUGGCAUUUGGCAAGAGGAAGGCGCCAGAUCCCGCCAUCAGGCCUUCGCUAAGCACGCGGUCAAGCACGGUCCUGGACUAUUUUGGCCUCGACCACGGAGAUACUGCCGCAAAGGACCAAGCAGAACCGAAGGAGGCCAAGGUCGCUAAAGGCGCCAAGGCCAAUGGGCAAGGAUAUAAGAGGCCUGGAAGCUGGCCAAAAGGAGAGGCCAAAGAACAGGAGGAGGCUUUGGACAAGCGUGCACUGCAGCAGAAGCAAGAGGCCGUGGCAGCCUUGCGUCGCCGGCAUCGAAUCCACAUCAGUCCUGGCACGCCUGAUCUCGUGGAGUCCUUCGACGACAUGGCCAGCAGGGGGGUUCCACCAUGGCUGGUCCGCAAUCUGACUUCUUUGGGCUUCUCCCAGCCAACUCCGAUUCAGAUGCAGUGCUUCCCGGCCAUCAUGUCGGGAAGUCAUGUCCUCGCUUCCGCCCCAACUGGGAGUGGAAAGACCAUCGCCUUCUUAGGCCCCAUCUUAGCUCUUCUGGCGAAGCCUGGAAAGGAGUUCGCACGUGCCUUGGUGGUCGAUCCUUCGCGAGAGCUGGCAAAGCAGACGCUGGACGAAUUCGCGAAGCUAACAUCCGGUCGCAAAUGGAACGGACGACUGGUGGAUAAGCUUUCCGACAAGAGCAAUAUCAAGCGCCUAGACGUCGCAGUGGCGACACCGCUUCGGCUGGUCCAGCUUCUGCGCGACAAUCGCAUUUCACUAGACUCGACGAAGCAUCUGGUCUUUGAUGAAGCUGACAAGCUACUAGAUUUGGGUUUCGCGCCACAGGUGGACGAGCUAUUGACUUUCUGCCCCAAAGAGAAAGGCAGACUGAUGCAAACUAUGAUGUUUUCAGCGACUCUUCCCCCUGUCGUAGUGGACCUUGCUGGCUCCAUCCUGACUUCUCCACUGCGGAUCAGCAUUGGGGACGUGAAUGCGGCUGCUCCCGAUGUGGAACAGAAGCUUCUGUUCAUCACUAGCGAGGAUGGAAAGCUCUUCAGCUUUCGGCAGCUUUUGCAAGAUGGCGAGAUCAAGCCGCCUGCUUUGGUAUUCGUUCAGUCGAAGGAGCGUGCAAAAGAACUGUUUGGUGAGCUGGUCUACGAUGGAAUCUUUGUCGAUGUAAUUCAUGCAGACCGGACCAAGCUUCAAAGAGACAACACGGUCAAAGCCUUUCGAGCUGGGAAGCUCUGGGUCCUCAUCUGCACGGACCUCAUGGCCAGGGGUGUGGACUUCAAAGGCGUGGAGACCGUGAUCAACUACGAUUUCCCCCAGUCGGCAGCCACCUACAUCCAUAGGAUCGGGCGCACUGGUCGCGCUGGCAGGAAUGGCAAGGCCAUAACGAUGUUCACCAUCGAAGACUUCGAGUCACUUCGAAGUAUCGUAGGCGUGAUGCGCCAAUCGGGCUGCGAAGUUCCUGAAUGGAUGCUCCGCCUGAAAGCGAGGCCAAAGAAGGAGCGACGGAUGGCGGAAUGGCGACAGCCGAAGCGCAAGCGAAUCAGCACGGUUUCGGGAUACGACCGCAAGAAAUCCCACAAAAGGCAGCAGAUGGUGGAUGCCAGCAAGAAGCGAAAGAGUGGCAUCACGAAGGCGCACACGGGAAGCUCCAAGUUUCACCAGAUCGUCGCCAGGUCCACUUUGUGGCAACCCUUUGACGUGCACUUGUCUUUUGAGUCCGGCAGCCGUGCACCUGCAGCAGGAUCCCGCGGCGCCGCCUUUGCUCGUGUCAUCCUUUGCCCUUCCAUGCUUUGCAACCCCACCGCGGGCCUGCUAACGCUGGAAGUGCUUCCACAAUACCCUGGAGGACCAGGGGUGACAGAGCUGCUGGAAGCCUCGGAAGUGCACGAUGCUGCACACGCUGUCCACGACAAACCUGCUGGCCUGCGGUUGCUCUUGGACACAGAUGGCAGUCCAGCGCUGAUGCUGGACGGAAGGACCCAGGAUCCGGCGACACGGCAACAGCUUUGCGUCGAGGUAUCUUCGAAAGAUGCCAUGCAGAAUGUCCUGCUUGAGAUGCAGGCACUCUCCGGUGCUCGGCGGAUCCUGGUGUCUGUUUGCCUGGCGGCCCUCGGGCCUCUGGGAGAUGUGCCGGUGUUGGUCCACCACCUCCAUUUUGGAUCAAGGUGCAGCCUUGCUCUCCUGGCGAGUUUCGAAGCUCGCAGACACCAAGUCGAGUUGCGGGACUCCGAGGUGUUGAAACCUCUGUUGCCGCCUCCGAUGGUUGAGUCCAAGACGUUCUCCGGAGCCACUGACAAGGAACAGAAAUGCCACAGGCUGGCCGAAGGCCUCCGUCGGCUGCCCCGACCCCGGGCUUUCGUCCCAAGCCCCGCUCGCCCACAAGCAGAGCAGAUCCGCCGCAGGCGAAGCAACUCGGUGGAGCGUGUGGUCUCGCACCCGUUUCUGGAGCGACUCGGGUCCGAUUGGUACAGCGGUGCAAUGUCGAUCUUGGAGCUGCGGCGGGGAACGUCGGAGAUUGCAGCGCUCGGCAAGGCCGCACGCUGGCAGGCCGCGGUGGCGAAGCUUCAUGCCUUGCACAGCCAAGAGUUGCAGCCGGGCAUCGUCACGCAGCUGAGCAGCAAAGAUCCAAAGCGGAAAGAUACUGGCUCGCAGGCGGCGGGAAGCAUGCAGCUCUUUGCUUCCCUGCCUUCCUUUCAGCUGCAACCAGACAUGGUGAAGCUCGUGUGCUGGCCACCGGAUGCGGUCGCCGUUGUUGGACUGCAGGCGAACACCUUCACAGGCAACGCAGCGAUGAGCGCCUUGGAGCGCGGAAGCAACUGGCAGCUGGCAGCCUCCAUACUUUUUGAGGUUAUCACAGCCCUCGGGCGCAGCAGUGAAUGGCUAGCAGCCUUACAGCUUCUGGAGGAUUUCAAGUCGCAAGAGUUGGAGCCGGGUGCUAUAUCCUUCAAUGCUUCCAUCGCCGCAUGUGCCGGCACCAGCGACGCAGAUGCCAGUCAGUGGCAUUUGGCGCUGCACCUGCUGAGGAGAGGGCGGAGCUUCAUUGUGGACUUUCCGAAGUUGGAAGCCUGCUCUUCCUUACUGAGUGCAUGUGGCAGGGCGUGCCGCUGGCAAGCAGCACUCCAGGCAUUUUCCGGGAUGUGCUACUGGGGUCCGCGACCAGAUGUGGCUGCGUGUGGGGCGCUGCUGGAUUCCUUUGCUCGGGCCGGGCUUUGGGUGCAAGCGUUGCAGCUGCUGAACAGGAUGAGCCUUAGCCGCUCUCUCUCCCUUCCAGAGCCGGACAUGGCGGCAUACACUGCCGUCAUGAGCGCAUGCGCUGUGGCCUUCAAGUGGGAGCACGCCAUGUCUUGUUUGCAAGAUAUGCAUCAUCGGCUCGUCAGGGUCAGCGUGGCCGCGUGCAAUGCAGCAGCAUUAGCAUGCGAACGCGCAGUCCAAGUUCAGCCACUUUUUGACCUCGUGAACGGUAUGCAGACGGGUCGACUGCAAGCGGAUGCGAUCACAUACCUAGCUUUGACCAGCGCUUUGGGCAAAGGACAGCAGUGGCAACAGGCCCUGGGAGCACUUCACAGCUUGGGCUGCUCUGCCGUGCAGCCGUCGAGGAAUCUGGUCAACAGUGCAAUCACUGCAUGUGAGAAGGGGCAUGCCUGGCUUUCAGCAAUGUCAGUUUUUCGAGAGCUGCACCGCUUAAAGAUCCAGCCAACCGUAGUCUCCAGCAGCGCAGCAAUCACUGCAGCAGCCGCUCAACAGGAAUGGAAACCGGCAGUCCAUUUGCUUGACGACAUGAGCUCCUGGCAAGUGCAGCCUGACGAGAUUGCGUGGAAUUCGAUGCUGGAUGCAUCCGAGCUUUCAUCGCAAUGGACCCUGGCUUGCAAGCUGCUAGCCAGGAUGGCGUCAUCCGUCAGUACUGUGGCGCUCUUGGCCGCAACCGGUGCCUCCGAAGGCGCGGAGCACUCGAAGGCACUGAUGCCUCUCCUUGCACAACUCAGAAGCCAAUGCAAAAAAGACUUGGUAGACGAAGCACAGCGACGGAACGUUCGAGCUGAGGAAGCGCCCGGCAGUUUGUCGCAUGUGCUGGAGGCACACGAAGUGCUGGCAGCCCAUGGCGCGGCCUCUUCCGAGCUUCAGCUGGGAGCGGCCACGGCCAUAUUCCGGCCCUGCUUGGCAUCUUUGCAGAGCCUCUGCGACCACGGUGUCCGGUCUCCAGAAGCAACGUCGCAACUCUGGGAGCCUGUGCUGGAAAGGCAGUUCAGCCUAGGCCUGCACUGUGCUGUCACUGUGGCAUUCGCAAGCGACGUCUUUACCCGCCUCGCCCUGGACAACGUGGCCAUGGCGGCACGGCCACAAGGGCACAGCCGGUCGAGUUGGUCCAGCAGAGCAGCCCAUGCGUCGCGGUACGUCUCCCGCCGGCUUUCCGACAAGACACCCUCGGCAGAGAGCUUGGCCGGAUGGUUGGCUUCUUCCUUAGCGAUGAGAGAGGGGAGAAAAUGGAGAAACAUCAGAGGCCUCGUCCUCGGAUAUGGUGGUGACUCUGAUGAGGUGGGUCCGCUAAGGCAGAUCACUGCCGAAUUGGGCCGAAUCUGCCAGACCGAUGUCGUGGCAGCGUGGCAUGGGCUCAGCUGUCUCCAAGAAGCUGCAGUACAAGCCAACGUUAUUCAGUUCAACACCGUAAUCAGUGGAUGCCAGAAACACUCCAACUGGCAGCUGGCUCUUCAUCUUCUUGGCAGCAUAGAGCGACAAGGCAUGCUAGCGGAUGUCAGAAGCUGCAGCUCAGCAUUGGAAGCUUGCAGCCGUGCUGUAAUGUGGCAGGCUGCAGUGACUCUAUUUGGUUCCUGCCUGGGUUCCGUGCAGCCGGACAUUAUCCUGGCGAGGGUGAGCUCGGCGAUCUCAGCAUGCGGGGCAGGCAGCCAGUGGCCAGCAGCGCUGGACCUCUUGUACACCUUGUCGACCUGGCAGCUCCAGGCGAGUGAAAUCACCUACACCAACUGCUUCUCGGCCCUGGCGCGCGGGGAGCAGUGGCAACACAGCUUGGCCCUGCUGCUCUCAAUGCCCCAGGCAAGGCUCCAGCCCAAUGCCUUCAGCUUCAGCGCUUGCCUCAGCGCGUGCGAGACAAGUAGCAGCUGGCCGUCUGCCUUGCAGAUCUUGGAGCUCAUGCCAGGUUGGACGAUGCCUGCCUAUAAUUCGGUGUUGACUUCGUGCGUCACUGGCUCUCGCUGGGACCUGGCACUUGGCCUGUAUGAUUCCCUCAAAGCCGGAGAGGGGCUUAACCCGACUUCAGUGACCUACACAGCGCUGAUGGGCGGGGCGGCACAGGCACAGCUUUGGACCCUUGCGCUGCAUCUCGUGACGGAGAUGCAGCUCCUGCAGGUUCGCAGCAGCACCAUCACAUGGAACAGCUUGAUGGAUGUUCUCCACGGAGCUGAGCAGUGGCUGCGAGCUUUGGAAGUUUUUGCGCAACUUCCGAAGCUCAGCCUGCAGACGGAUAGUAUCAGUUUUGUCACAGCCAUCCGUGCAGCAGCAUCCGCCAGCAACUGGCGCCAUGCAAUUGGCCUUCUUGCUGACAUGCCGAAGGCCGGAGUGGCUGUGGACAGAUUCGCCUGCAGCUCGGCAAUUCAGGCAUGCCACCAAGUUUCGCAAUGGCAGCAGGCCAUUCGCAUGUUUGCAUGCGCAACAUCACAAAAAGUGGAGAUCGACUCUGUCGUUUGCACAGCUGCCAUUGCUGCAGCAGGGAAAGCAGGAUACUGGCAGCAUGCUUUGGGGGUGCUCCGAUUUAUGAGCACACACGAUGUGCAACGAAAUGCUGUCGUGUAUAGCUCGGCUAUAUCUGCAUGUGCCAGAACGGGCCAGUGGCAGUUGGUUUUGGACCUUGUACAAGAGAUGGUGGAAAACGGCUGCAGGAGCUUCUCAGCAUCCAAGUAUGACCACACGGUACAAGCUGGCAGUUCCCUGGAUUGCUUCAAGCACACCGUCCUCGUUUGUUUGCUGCAACACUUCACCUCCACGGCGGAACCUGUCCAUUUCGUUGACACGCAUGCAGGGAGGGGCAUCUACCUGCUGGAUAGUCGCUGCAGCGCAGAAAGUCAGAACUCUGAAUACGGAAUCUCUCAGAUGCUGCAUCGGCUUGGAGAGACUCCGAUGCCGCCCUCUGCAGCAUGUGAGUAUGCACUUGCAGUGAAGAGGCACAACAAGAGUGCUCUCCGUACUCGUGCCGGCCUUCGUUUCUAUCCAGGUUCGACAGUCUUGGCUUUGGCAUGGCUCCGGCCGCAAGACACGGCGACCGUUUUCGAGAUCUCCGAGGAAAUGUUUUCCGACCUAGCUGGCAACAUCCAACACAUCAACACAAUACGUCGGAAAGAAGCUAUUUGCGCGGACUCUUACUGGUGGCUCCUGCACAGACACAUCCCAACAGGCAAGGCGCUCGUGAUGAUCGAUCCGCCAUGCGACCCUUACGACCUGCACAUGGCAUGGAGCCUCUUUCUGGUCAGGAAGUUGCGCUUUGAGCGGCCUCAGUGCUGCAUUUUGAUGUGGUAUCCUUGCUUAGACACCGUUCAAACCUCCAACCUCCACGGCCAAGCUGCUUUUCUGAACACCGGUGAGGUCUUGGCUGCAGAGUUUGCAGUAGAAGAUCCCACUCGGACAUCACUACAAAGUUCCGGAGUGCUUGUUUUCAAUCCACCGCCUGCUGCAGACAUGCUCGAGGAAUUGCUGCAUUUUUUGGCUGGAUGCCUUGGCUCAGGACCUGCAAAGGUGCACGUGAAGGUCUUUCAACUUUGCGCCGGUGAAACCUCGAAGAGCGCGCGGUCUUCAUCACUGGCUAGCACCAUCAGACCCUCUCGUUCACAAAAAACCAGGACACAUGUGGACGCAGGAGCUCGGAAGAAAGAGACCUGUUGCGGUCAAGCGGCAGCCCGCAAGCCCACAGGAUGGGAUGACGCUUCGGAGGCCCGGGACGGCCCCAAGUACCGCCGGGACUUCCUGGCUCAGCAGCAUGCGAAAGUUUGGAAACUGCAGGAGCAGUUGAGCAGAUGCCAUGUGGAGAAGGAGCGCCAAGAGCAACGGUUUGGUCACGUUCGAAGAGCACGGGCUGCAGCGAAGCAGGAGCUGAACACCCGUGGGCACGAGCGCAAGCCAGGUGUUCGAUCAAGCCGCAACAAAGAUUCAAGGCUAAAGGGGGAGGCUUCCACCUCGCUGGGCAGCUCCCACCUUGAGCAUUGUAUGAAGCUGUCCGUCCAGGCCACUUUCGAAAGCCUUUGUGACACUUCGCCUUCCCACGGCCUGUCACGAGAUUUCAGCUUCAAGGCUAUGACAAUUGGCCAAGACAACCCUGCCGGACACGGCAGCGAGGUGACGCGCGAAGGAUUGGGCUCGCGGGGUCUUUGCACAUCUGUGUCCCUGACAUCCCUCCUUCUGGGCCAAGUGACUUCAGUCAUGAAUACACUGACAGGGAUCUUCACGUCCACUUUGGCAUCAGAUGGGAUAAGCAUUCCGACCAUUCAGUCCAGCCUAAACUACUUGUUGCUCGCACCUCUCAUCCUACUUGCCUACCCGCAGAUCCGCCAAGAAGGCUUGAGGCUGCCAUGGUGGCGCUAUGCUCUCUGGGCUUUGGCAGAUGUGGAAGGGAACUGUUUGGUCGUCCUUGCCUACCGUUAUACCUCCGUGGCGUCGGUGAUGCUCCUAGACGGGUUUACAGCUGCCGUCGUUAUGUUGCUCUCGCGGCUUCUUCUGGGAACGAGGUACUCCAAAUACCACCUUGCGGCCUGCUUCGUUUGUCUUUGCGGUCUGAGCUUGACGGUCUUCGCAGACAGCUCCAAGACGGAGUCCACCCAUCUCGCCUGGUUGGGAGAUCUCCUCGUGCUUUUGGGCUGCUGCUGUUAUGCAAGUUCCAACAUCCAAGAGGAACAUCUCCUGAAGCAUGGCUGCAGCCGCUAUGAAGCGCUCGGUAUGCUUGGCGUGUGUGGGAGCAUCAUCUCUUGCAUUCAGGCCAUCACGCUUGAGGGCCGCAACUUUGUGGACAUCACCUGGAGUUGGAAAGAUAUCACAUGUUUGAUUGGCUUUCAGCUCUGCUUGUUUGGAGUUUAUAUGCUGGUGAGCAUUUUUCUGCAAAUCGCCGAUGCCGCAGUAUUCAACAUGUCCCUGCUAACCUGCGACGUGUACAGCAUUCUCUUCUCUUGGCAGGUGCAGCACAGGGACAUCAGCUGGACUUAUGGCCCCGAUCGUGGUCCGCCAUUGGUGGCUGAACAGGUGUGCGUGGUUUGUGGUUGCCUGGUGCCCGAGCGGAGUGCUCGCUACUGUGCAGGGUGCCUGCCUGGUACACAGCGAGAGGCACUGGACCUUCGCAAGUCCGUUGGGAAGAGUCUCGCCACCCAGGCCUCGCUGCAGCGCAGGCUGGAGAUACAGCAAGAGGAGCGUACACAGCUUGAGGUGAAGCAUACCGACUUGGAAGCGAAGCUUUAUGCCGCAGAGACUGGCCGGCCG